AUGACCGAUCGUCAUGGCACCGACCGGCGAGCGUCGUCCGACCAUCAGCCAGUCCAACGCGACGAUCUGGAGGAAACUGCCUCCCUGCUGCUGAGCCGGACGCGCUCAGAAGAAGACAUUGGCUUUGUGGAAAACAUCGCCGUCCAGGAUCCUUUGGCCGACGAGUCCAAGUCUCUUCUGGGUGGCGACGAUGGAGACGAUAGCGUCGCUACCGCCUGGCCGCGUUCAAUCAGCUACCUGAUCAUGCUGAGUGCAUUUCUCACCAGCCUGAGUUUCGGCGUCACCCAAGUUCCCAUGCUAUACGUCUUUCGACUCAUGACCUGCGAUGCUUACUACAAAAGCCAUCCUGCUCCGGGGUCUGGCCCCGUGGCUGAUUCGACAGUGACGGGCCUGUCCGGGUCACUGCUGUCCUAUAUGUUGGCCACGCCGGAAGUCGAUCCUACGGGCAUACGAAUCCAAACCGCCACCGAUCGGUGCGCGAUCCACGCCAUCGAGAGCUCCACGGCCCUGUCGAUCUCCCUGCUCGGGGCGAGCACGACCAUCUUCGGCCUGCUCAAUCUGUUCGUGACGACUUCGUUGAUCAAACGCAUCGGCGUCAAGCCGACGCUGAUCAUCCAGGUCUUCUUCCCGGCUGUCAGGUUGCUUGUCCAGAACGUCGGGAUAGAGCUCUGGGGCAGCGUGGGCAUCAUCAUAAUCCAAGCCUCGCAGGUGGUGAGCAUUGCUGGCGGCCCAAGCGGCUAUCUGCUGGUACUGAACACAUUCAUCACCGAAGUCGUCGACCACGAGCACCGAACUGCAGCGCUGGGCCGCUUGACAGGAAGCAUGAUGUCUGGCUCGGCCUCAGGCUUCCUUCUGGGCGGCGUCGUGGCAGAAUUCCUUGGGAUCAAGGCCCCGUACCGGCUGACCUUUAUCUUAUUCCUGAGCAGUUGCGCCUUUGCUUUUGUCUUCUUGCCGCAUAUCCCUCCCCCGAAGGCGAAAGAAUCCCUGGGGCCUUCGAUCGAGGGCAAGAAUAAGCCGAGAUUCUUCCGCAGAUUCGUCGGCCCUUUGAGCGUGUUUGCGCCACGGAAAUUCAUUGGAAGUGACGGAGUAGUCCGGACAGAAUAUGGUCCUUUUCUGCUGGCUUGGGGCGUGUUUCUCGGCAUUCUGGCUACAGGCUAUCUGCCCACUUUGCUUCAACUGUAUUCGACCAACGUUUUUGGCUUUGGAACCAAAAAGAACGGCUGGUUGAUCUUCAUGCACUCUAUGCUUCGAGGCGUCUUUUUGACCUUCGCCUUCCCGAAGCUCAUUGCAGUCGGAAGACGGUGGACCGCCAAGAAGGAAGAGGAUGCUCGUGCAAGAGCCGGAAGGGACUUGGACUCGACGGAGCGGGAGCCAUUGCUAUCGAGCAGUUCAUCUCAGACGGCCACCGCGGACAGCGAUGAUGCUCACGACAAGCCACGCGACAAGGAGCAAACAUUCAAGUUCGAUCUCACCUACACAAGGUUUUCGUUGAUCGCCGACGGACUCCUUACGCUUCUUUGCUCGUUCGUUCACAAAGGAUGGCAGAUGUACCUUGUAGCCGUUGUGCUGCCAUUCGCUGCAGGCACGGGUUCGGCCGCCAAAGGGACGAUUCUUCAGAUGAUUGGAAGUUCCGCCAGCAGUGCUGAAAGAGCCGACGCUUUGGCUGGAAUCAGUCUCGUGGAGAACAUGGCUCGACUGUCGACGACCUUUGUAUUCGGUGUCGUCUUUGCGUUUUUCGCCAGUAUCGGGAGAACAGAGCUUGUUUUCACAGUGAAUGCGGCUGUUGCUCUGAUAGGGUUUACUGUGGUGCUCUUUGCUCGGUUCCCACCGGAAGGCAGUCGUCGGCUCGACCAUCAGGACGAGGCGACUUCUGAGAUCUGA